AUGAGACCCUCAGCAGUACGCUUGCUCAACAUUCUGGUGCCCAUCAAAAGGCACGUCGUAGCCUGUGGGACGGUUGACUAUGCGGUGAAGGUCCGCGUGAAUCCCGACCAGAAGGGCGUCGAUCUCAAUGUCAAGCAUUCCAUGAAUCCAUUUGACGAGAUCGCCAUUGAGGAGGCUGUGCGGCUUCGGGAACGUCUGAAGGACCAAGUGAAGUCUAUUAAAGUGGUAACGAUUGGUCCUUCAAAAUCAGCGGAGACCCUUCGUACCGCGCUCGCCAUGGGUGCCGACUCGGGCGUCCAUGUCGAGAUUCCAGACUCCGCCCCCGCCCCCGAACCUCUGGGUAUCGCGAAGGCUUUGCGUGCGGUGAUUGAGCGCCAGAAGGAGGGCGUGGAUCUGGUGAUCAUGGGCAAGCAGGCAAUCGAUGACGACGCAGGUCAGACGGGGCAGAUGCUUGCGGGUAUUAUGAACUGGGCGCAGGCGACGUUUGCAAGCAAGGUUGACCUGGACGUUGAGAAGAAGGAGGCUACUGUUAUGAGAGAGAUUGAUGGUGGACUGGAGGAGCUGCGCUGCCGUUUACCUCUCGUCGUUACUACAGAUCUUCGCCUUAACGAGCCACGAUACGCGUCAUUGCCUAACAUCAUGAAGGCGAAGAAAAAGCCAAUCGAGAAAUUGACACCUGCUGACCUUCAGGUCGACCUCACUCCACGAUUGGAGACGGUGAAGGUUACGGAGCCUCCUAAGCGUGCUGGCGGCGGAAAGGUUUCGAGCGUGGACGAAUUGAUUGUGAAACUUAAGGAGGCAGGCAUCACUGCGGUGUCAUCCUAA